CGUGGAGACGAUGGCAUCCGUACUAAAACAGUGUAAUCACUGGUUCAAUUUGCUGUGGCAAACAUCACGGUGCCGUCGAUUAUGCAACUUACGAGCGAAUUUAUGACUGGUCUGCUGCAUGGAGCUAGCGACAAGAAAGUUUGGGCAGAAGAAUCAAGAUGCGGUCGUUUUUCGUCAGUCUCGUUGUAAUCACAGUGGUGGUAUCCAGCGACGCUUCUAUCACCAGCGAUAAGUGUAAAGCCGGCGAGAAAACACCUCAUUUCUUCACCGAUAUCAUGCAAGUCCCCAACCACUACUGCAAGUGUACAAGCAAGGAGUUGGGCACACUCAGAUAUCGAGGAGACGACAGAGGGCUUCAGAUCUGCAACGGACGAGAGUUUGUGAGCGCCUGUGGGGAGACGAAGACGAGGAGGACGAAACUUGGAACCAAGGAAUACCCUGUAGAGUCGUGCCGGUAUUUAGCUGAUGUGGACAGCUUGGCUACAAGUGGUAUCUACUACGUUCGCGUAGGUAACGAGACAACACGCGCGUACUGCGUAAUGGACACGAUCUGUGGCGAGUCUGGCUGGACGAUGUUGAUGAAGAUCGAUGGUACAAAGAGGACGUUUCACUAUGACUCUGCAUACUGGAGCAACCACAAGGAAUACAACGUGGAUGCUGUCAGCGACGGGCUUAACGGAAACUCAGAGCUCAAACUAAAAACCUAUUCUCACACCCCGUUCACUAAACUAUGCGUGGGCCUGCGCAAUAAAGACGACCUCCGCUGGCUUCCUAUCACAAUGGCUCAGAAAGUAGACUCGCUGUACAGUGUGAUCGCUCCAGGCAAGCACGUUGCGACUAACCUUGGCCGUGACAGGUGGAAGAAUCUUGUCGCUGGCUCUUCACUUCAGCCCAACUGUAACACAGAGGGUUUCAACGUAUACGGUACUUGGGGCGUCUAUGUAACCUCUAAGGCGAGAAUUGGAAUCAUCGGCAACAAUGAAAAUGACUGUGCAAGUCCAGACUCACGUUUGGGCCUGGGAACUGGUGGUCGAGGUUGUGGGACACGUGACUAUUCGGCUGGGAACGAGGCUAGCUGUGGUGGAGAUGCUGGAAACAAGAGCAUUGUGGGAAUGGGCUUUAUCCUCGUGUUCUGAGCCUGACUGACAGGAUUCCAAAUACGAAGUUCUUCUUGUGAUUACAUGGUAAUAGAGGAAAAUAAAAUGACUACGAAAUAAGAAAAA